CUCAACAAUGUCGGUCCUCUUCCUCCCGGUCACGAAGGAGGACCUGGCAGCCUACGCGCUCGAGGGCCUGCCCGUGGCCGAGCACGGGGUCGACUCGCUACGCGCUGCCGCGCGCGCGGCGCACCUUCCGGACGCCGUGCUCGACGACGAGGCAACGCUGCGGCCGCUGCUCGCUGCGCUGCUCGUCGCGGGCGGUGCCGAGCGGCUGGAUCGGCGGAGCAAGGGGCCGGGCGAGGCGGUCUCCUCCGCGCUGCCCGACUGGCUCGACCUCCGCCCGGAGGCGCGCAACUAUCUGCUGCUGGUCGUGCGGCGCGAGCGAGAGGUGACGCGCACGACGGCGGACGCGGCCAAUCUUCUCAACAAGGCGGAGGUGGUCGAGUCGUACCAGGUGCACGGUAACCGGUGGACGAUGCGGCCCGACGGGCGGGAGCGCCACCCGGCCCUCAAGAAGGCGAUGGCGCUCGAGCCCGCCUCGGAGGCGGCGUCGACCGCAGAGUGGCUCAACCACCUCGGGAACGCGAUCGAGGCGCCGCAGCUCGGGCGGCCGUGGUACCGGUCGACGUUCGUCCUCCUCAUCCUCGCCUUCGCCGUCCUCUUCGUCCUUGUCCACCUCCUCCUCCUCGCGCGCGCCCUCUCCAAGGUGCACGCCUCGGACCCCGCCCUGCUGCUACUACCCGUCAAGGCUUUCGGCGGCGCCGCCGCAGUCGGCCUCUUCGCCGUGAGCAUCCACAAGCUCAGCGGGGGCGGCGGCGCCAGCUGAGGUCCGCCGCGCACCGCGGCGUUGCGGCACUGCGGGCCGCAAGCACGCGGGCAAGAGUAGAGACGGGAGUACGUUAUCUCGCCUGCAUCUCGGAUCGUCGCCUGGCCUGCAGGGGUAACGAUGACGUGGCUUGGGUACAAAACAGUGAUGAGCCACCAGUAUGUCACUAGAGGCGUGUACUGCUGCCUCACAGCACACAGGUGUCAAUGUCGUGUCAAUACCGGGGUAAACGC